CGUCCUAGACCGCGAUUGAGAGUCUAUUGUCGGCUCCGCCAAUCAGAGUGCGCAACCGUCUACAGUGACCACAGACUUUUGUAAGACGGUUAUGAUGGACUCCUCGUCUCUCAGCCCGGAUCUGCUGGCGAAGCUCCAUCUGCAGCAAGCCGAGGAGGACAAGCAGCCAUUUAAGAAACUGUACCGACUGGACUCGGUCCUAGGCAAAGGAGGAUUUGGUACCAUAUACUCUGGUGUUCGCCUGGCUGACGGGUUGCCGGUGGCGGUGAAACACGUGCGCAGGGACAAAGUGGAUCAGUGGGGCACUCUGUGUGGCACUGUGGUACCCCUGGAGAUUGUGUUGUUAAAGAAGGUGUCUGGGACUUUCGGAGGGGUGGUGCAGCUGUUGGACUGGUGGAAGUUGGUGGACGGUUGGUUGAUGGUGAUGGAGCGUCCUGAGCCUGCUCAGGAUCUUUUUGAUUACAUCACAGAGCAUGGUGCACUGGAUGAGGCGGUGGCUCACGGCUUCUUCCUGCAGGUUCUGGAGGUAGUGCGUCACUGUUACACCUGCAGCAUUGUCCACAGAGACAUCAAGGAUGAGAACCUGCUGGUGGAAAUUAUCAGAGCCGGGCCUACAAUGCAUUCCUAA